AUGUAUCUCCGGACGGUACACACAGACCUCCACCUCCCGACGCUCUACGCCUUCAUCCGCAGCAACCCCCUCGGCAUCCUCACCACGGCUCCAAGGGGAGACUACGCGGCCACAUCGCCCGCGCCAACCCUCAAAGCCAAAGCUCUCGUCGAAGCCGCCUGCAACAGCAGCAGUAAUAGCAGCAACGGCCAAGUAGCACCCUCCAACACCCUACCGCAAGAGACCAUAAUCCUCUUCAACGGUCCAGCGCCCCACUACGUGACGCCCAAAUUCUACGUCGCGAUGAAACCCGACACGGGGAAGGUCGUGCCCACGUGGGACUACAGCGCGGUGCAGGUCUACGGCACGGCGACGAUCCACCUCGACACCUCGCUGCCGGCGACAAGGACCUUCCUCGCGACGCAGCUCGACGAUCUGUCGCGGCAGAGCGAGGAGCGCGUGCUUGGUUUCACGGGGACGGGCGGGGCGGGGCGGCCCGGGCGUGGAGCGGCAUCGUCGGGAUUCGAGAUUGCGAUUGCGGAGAUCGGAGGGAAGUUCAAGAUGAGUCAGGAGUUGAAGGAGGGGGAUCGGGAGGGUGUUUGUUGUUGA